AUGGUUAUAAUUUGGAUCUUGUUCCUGAGUUUGUUGCAGGAGCCGUGGUACCCGGGGCGGGCCGAGGGGGUGCCCGAGGCCGCCGGUGCCUCCCCGAGGGACCCCCGGCCGCGCCGGGAUGCGGGGGGUCGCGGCGGCGUCUACGAGCACCUCGGGGGAGCGCCCAGGCGCAGGAAGCUCUACUGUGCCACCAAGUACCACCUCCAGAUCCACCCCAACGGCAGGAUCAACGGCACCCUGGAGAAAAACAGCGUCUUCAGUAUUCUGGAGAUAACUGCUGUUGAUGUUGGAAUUGUUGCCAUCAAGGGCUUAUUCUCUGGCAGUUACCUGGCCAUGAACAAAAGGGGCAGACUUUAUGCAUCAGAAAAUUAUAAUGCAGAGUGUGAGUUUGUGGAGAGGAUCCAUGAGUUGGGUUAUAACACCUACGCGUCCCGUCUCUACCGGACUGUCCCUAACAGAGCUGGCACCAAACGCAAGGCCAGUGCAGAGAGACUCUGGUACGUCUCAAUCAACGGGAAAGGACGACCCAGAAGGGGCUUUAAAACUCGCAGGACACAGAAAUCCUCUCUCUUUCUGCCCAGAGUAUUGGAUAACAAAGACCAUGAAAUGGUCCGACUGUUCCACACGAGCGGGAAAUACCGCGAGAGUCUCCUGAAGCCCCCGAGCAAGAACCAGCGAAGAAGGAGAGGCCACUGA